AUACUUGAGGAACGCGUCUCCGUUGAUGACGUACGUUACGCAAAGUCGUUCAAUACUCACAUUAGCGAGCUUUAUCAUUGUGAACUGAAUAAUAUGCAUUUCAAUAUAAGAUAGUCGUAAUUCAAAUGUUCGCACUUUGAACCUGUUGGUAUCGUCUUUCACACGUCUACGUUUGGACGAAAAUGACCGAUGUGGCAGAUUCCCUGACCAAAGAGGGCUGGUAGGUAGCAUGGUGGCUCAGUUAGCUCACUGAGGUGACAGAUUGGGGCUUUUGCUCACAGGACGAGCUAAUCAUUAGCAGAGUCUGAGCGAUAUUGUUCACAGAAGUUUGCCAUAUAUCGCAGGGUGAUAUUCAAAUGGGCUUUGGUAGCCAUUAGUUUGAUUAAGGCGGAAUUAAAGCUGAGAAAACUGAGAGUUAGCGCGAAUGAAUAGAGUUGAUUAGCUCAUCCACAUUUGUCGUUAGCAUUUUAUCAACAUAAGGCGCAAGGCUGAGUUACUGUUGACGCUCGAUUAACGUCAAAUCAAACCGAAACGUGAGGUUUGAGGCUGGAAUAGUAGCACUGGCCUCUGCAAAACACAUAAAUAACAUUAAUUUUGACACCAGACCUACCUAACAACAUACUCUCACCUUUAUCUACAAUAUUAAAGAUCGAAAUAAGAGUGACCAUCAUUAACUAUCAAUGAGAUUUCCUCUGCCAGUGAAAUAAUCCAGUCUACAGGGGAACACUAUUUCAUUGCAUUUGGCAGUGUAGAAUAGUUAUUAAAUUCAGGGAAGAGAUUAAAGUCAUAAUCAAAAAGAUUGUUUCAAAAUAAAUUUUAUUGGAUCCUAAGCUUUUCUUGUUGGGCCUUUAUCCACAGAAACAUAACUACACCAAGUAUGAAAAAGCAUUUAGAGAUCUAAAUUUAUUAAAUGCAAAAAAAGUGUAUUGUGCUACUAUGGAAAUAGACCCAUCAACCAAGUACCCGUCAGCUGUUAAAACAAAUGUUAUCAAGUUUACCGUUGGAAAGAAUUACCUAUAUUCUGAAAGCCAAACAGCAUAUAUUUGAAGAUAUAUGGAAGUCCUUUAUUGAAUAUGUCAAGAACUCAGGCUGUGUCUGAUAAAAUCACUCAAUCCCUAACCCCUAACCCCCACAUGGGGUUUCACUAUAUAGUUGACUAUGUAGUGAGCUCAAUCACCGGAGGUUUUGGACACUACAUGGCAAGACGCAAUGCAUGAUAGGUUGCCCGCCACCGGUGAGUGACCAUCGGAUGGUCACUACAUUUUGCAAUGCUUUAUGGGAAAGUUUGAGUCGCCUAUAUGAGGCACUGGAAUUGAUCACUCAGGUUUAGGACACCCCUCAAAAUGGCGCUAACCUCCAUAUAGUCACCUAUAUAGGGGUAAGGGAUCCAUUUUGGACACAGCCUCAGAUUUAACAGAAAACCAAACUAAUGACUAACUACUGUGGGUAUGGCAGUCUCCAAAAUUGUGAAUGUUAAUGUCUUUUCUUUGUUUUUUACUAUUAUGGUUAUUAUCAUUAUUAUUAUUGUUAUUGUUUUUAUGUAUUUUUAAAUAUUUUCUCUCUCUUCUGUUAUUUUUGAAUGCCCGUAGCCUAUCAUCAUCAUCACCAUUAUGUCACAAUUCAUUACAUUUGGUUUAUAAUCUGUCCUAUAACAAGAGAAGCAUAUUGUUCGUUUUGUGUUUUUAUUGUGAUUGUUUUGUUUUGCAAUGUGUUUUGUGGUACUUGGCAGCUAAUCUAUGAGAAAUGACGUGCGGCCAGGGCUAGGCCAUGCAUGUCGCAAUUGUUUGUACUGUGUUUGUCUUACGCUGCUACAAAACUCAGAUAAAGAUAUUGUGGUAAAAAAAAAAAAAAUCCAGUCAGGAAUGUUAGUUUACACUUACAGCUUCUAACUCAGGACUUAAUAAACAAUGCUUCUGAGAUAAUCCUGUUUUUUUAGUACAGGAGUUAGUGUAACUGAAGAUGUUGAGGCCUGAUUUGAUUCCAUUUAUAUUGUUUUGUUUUUUAACAAUUUCUAUCUCCAGAUGCUUUGAAAUGUUUUGACAUCCUCGACAUUGCUUAUUUAAACUAGCAAUAACUUAUAUGUUUCUUCAUUUACUCCUGUCUGUCAUCCCACAGGUACCUCACUGAUGAAGGCAUAGCAGAGCUGAAAGGAUCUGCAGAGAAAGUUACACACAAUGACAUUAUUCGUAUUGCACUUGAUGUAAGUUUUAACCUUUGAAGUUUUGCACAUGUAUAUUGAGAGUGUGCACGUUUGUGUUUAUCUAUGAGUGUGCAGAUGGGAUCUACUACUUAGGAAACACUGUAGUCAUUGACUGAAUAAUAGUUAUUACAUCUGAGGCUUAUACAAAUGUGAUUCUGUUAAUAUUUAAGAGCCAGUUACUGACUUAUUCAUUUGAUAAUGUGACCCGCAGUCGGCACACCCAGCAGCAGCUCCCCACAUCUCCAGUUGCUACUAGUGAAGGAUUAUCUUGAAUUUUUCAUUCAACUAUUUUCUGUACGAAGAAUCAGAAGAGGCCAGCUAGUUGAAUCCGUUUCAAGAAGAUCUGUUUAUUUGCCUUUUAUAGCGUGACAGCACAGUGCAUCUACUCUUAUUUGCCUGUAAAGAAGAAAGAAUUUUGGAUACAAAUCUACAGCAUUCAGUAGUUGCAUUAACUGCAAAAGUGUUAACUUUUGCUGUAUAGUUUGGCCAAAAUAUCUCAGGUUACUCUUUGGCUUUUUCGAGUCCACAUGGUCCAGUUUGCAGGACUUUCAAUAAUAAACUCUGGAACUUUAAACUGAUACUGUUGUAAAAAGGGCCAGUCAUGAAUUAAAUGUGAUAACAGUAACAGCCAGUUACGGUAACACUUUACUUGACGCCUAUCUCUAUAACGCAUUAUAAAUAUAUUUAUAAUGUGUUAUAUUCAGGUUAUAGCUCUGAAUAACUAUAAUUAUGAACACUCGUAAAUGAUCAUAAUGGUUUGUAGCAAUAAUCAUAGCACAUUAUAAAGCAUUUUAUCAUGACUUACAAGGUCAGGUAUUAAAAUGUGUUAGAACUGUUAACAACUCACUGACAAUGCCCACAUAGAUAAUGCAAUGCAACUGUUGUUAACAGUUGACCUGACCUUGUAAGUCAUGAUAAAUGCUUUAUAAUGUGUUAUGAUUAUUGCUAUAAAGCAUUAUGAUCAUUUAUGAGUGUUUAUAACUAUAGUUAUACUGUAGUUAUACAGUAAUAUAUAGUAGUACAGUGCUAUAACGUGAUUAUAACACAUUAUACAUACAUUGAUAAUGCGUUAUAGCGAUAGGCGUCAAGUAAAGUGUUACCCAACUUUCUUAACAAUGGAGGCUGAUGAUGCAACAUUGCUAAAUAGUUGUAAUAUAAUUAUGUCUACUGGAAGACAAUUAAAAUAUAUAUAAGUCCUGUGCAAAUAACUUUUAUGUCAGAAAAGUCAAUAAGCCUAGUUACUAUGUAAAAAUGUGUGAAACAGAUUAGCAAAUACUUUUAAAAGCUGAUUGUUACACAUUUUUCAGUCGAAAUAUUUCAUUUCAAAGUAUAUUCUUUAUUACAGAGUGAUCUCAGGCCUAUUGGGAGGAAAUUUCUUCCACCUGAUAUCAAUAGCGGAAGAACUGAGAAGGUAAGUGCAACAUUCUUGUAUUUCAAAAUUUCCCCUACAUUUUUAAAAAGAGGGCAGUAAUGUGCUAAGGUCACCUGUUCUGUGUUGUUCAAAGUCAGUGCAGGCCAAAGUGCAGUUUUCAUGACUGCCACUAGAUGUCCCUAACACACUGACAAUCAACACACACAAAAACUGCUACCUCACCUUUAAAACUGGAGGGGAGAAAUGUCUCAAGUAUUUGUAGAGGAAUAAAACAAGUAAUCUAGAGUGACAUAAAGCGUUUCUUCCUCCAAGUUAAAAACAAGAUGCACAUUGAUGUCAACCUAGUCUCACACUCUGCCUUGUAUUGUUUGUAUCUAACAAAUAAAAUGGUCCCUUAUGAUCUGUGGAUACAAGAAAUUAUACAAGGCAUAAGGUAAAUCUGUGGAAACAGAAGUAUGCAAAAAAAUAAGAUAAUAUUCAAAAUUUUAGUUGAGAACUAGUUUUGUGCAGCCAGCCUCAUACGUUUCUCGUAGAUGCUUUUGCAAUCCCUCUCCCACAUACACUUGAAUUGCCUUUCUGUUCCCUUGUUGUUACUUGUGUGUCGCUAGUUGGAGGGACCAUGUGUUCUCCAGGUGCAGAAGGUGAGGAACAUCUCAGCCCCUAAAGACCACGAGGAGUCCCAGGGUGCACCAAGAAUGCUGCGACUACAAAUGACAGAUGGGCAUACCACCUGUGUUGGAUUGGAGUUUAAACACCUGUCCAAGAUCAGGUACCUAUAUGAUAGCUUUGCUGUAGCCUUAGUGUGAGUGCAAUGAGAGUUUUAUGUCUUAAGAAGUUUAAUUUUCACUAUUCAAUAUUUCAAAAAGAGAUGAUUGAACAGUAUGCUACAAAGAUGCAACCUUAAAGCAAGCAAUUAAGAUAGUUUCUCAUUUAUGUAGAGUGAAUUAGUCAGACUCUUCACACGCCCUUCGUCACCAUCCUCUUGUCUUAACUCUUACCCCAGCACAUGUUUCAGUUUCCUCUUUAUCUGCAUUUUCCACGUGGCAGCAGCUAUCUAACAAUAUCCAGCCUUAAUUACAUCUCCAUCCCAGCAACGGUGGCCUUGGUGACGGCUGCCAUGGUGACUAGCCAGUCUGUACAGGUGGAGUGGCCAGAAUGUGGGCCUUGACUUCCUGAUGGGAGGGAGGAGAGAACAGAACAAAUCCCCUCUUUAUGAGCAGCACACACACACACACACACACACACACACACACACACACACACACACAGAGGCAGUGGCCACCAGCAGCGGUGGUUAGUGUGUCUAAUGAAAGUGUCCGCUUAAGUGUGCGUGAGGCCAUAAGUGAGUGUCAAAGAAGGAUGGGAUGGAUUACAGGACUGUUCAGUGUAUGUGAGACACUGAUACAGCGGGAUGACAAUUAAGUAUUAUGAGCAGCAUAAAUCACAGGGUGAAUAGUGUGUAUGUAGGAUUGUGUGUAUAUGUGAUUGAAUCAGGGGUAGACAGUGCCUCAUUCUGUGCUGGCUGCUAUCAUGAGAACAGCAUCCAUCCCAGAGGUUUGGAGUGAAAUCCCUAAUUGUUGCUUUGGCAUCCGGCAUCAGUAGCUGGAAAUCCCUCUAAGUCCCAGUGCUUUUUUAAUGAGAGAGGCAGAGGCCUUAUCAGGCCUGAUGAGAUAGAGGGGCUUUUAAUUUACCAUGAGGACGGGUGAGCAGCUGGGAUUAUUGAUAGUCUCUCCUAGCCUCACCACCCGUCCCCUGGCACUGCUCCAUGUCAUUUAUAAAGUGGUAUGGGUAAAGCAAUACAGUGUAUGGCUUGGAAAAUGUUGUAAUAUUGUCUUAAUUCUUUAAAUUUGUUCAUAAUCUAUCUGAUGGUUAAAAUUUCAAGCAUAAUUAUUUACAAAUUUGUAUUUUUUUAUCUGUUUUCAGUCUCAAUACUCCCCCUGGAACAAAGGUUAAACUCCUUGGUACAGUCCAGGUUAAAAAUGGUCUUUUGCUGCUCGAUGACUCGAAAAUCUCUGUCCUCGGAGGCGAGGUUGAUCACAUGGUGGAGAAAUGGGAACUACAAAGGGUGAGGUUGAGUUUAUUGUGACGAUUCAGCUACUUUGGCCAAGAAAUAUUGAAUUCAUUUGUUGGUAAUCAUUUCAAAUCUGUAUUAAAGGCCACCAUCAGUCUGGCAUUACCCUGCCUUGGAUGGUAUUGUCUCUCAGUAGUUAAGAAUGAUCUCCCUUUUUUACCAUCCAACCCGCAGAGUCUGGCCAAACACAGCAGGAGUAACAUUGGAGCAGAAGGUGGACCUCCUCCUUUUGUGCCAUUUGGUCAGGUAAGGAUAAAAAUAAUUGUCGCAGCGCAAAAUAAAAAAUGUGACUUCAGAAAGAAAUAACCUAUAAAACAAAAUAAAAAUAUCGAACUAGCCAAAGUAGCAUAAUUGGGAAUACGAAUUUUUAAAGCCACCUCACUUGUAUUAUCGGUGGCCAGAUGAAGCACUGCUCCUUGGAGUUAGCUUUCAUGUUCUGUUUUUCAAUUUUUUUUGUUUCCUCUUAAAAAUUUGAGCGAGUUGCAUGAGUCAUCAUUAAUCUUCUUAUGUUCCUUCCUUCCAAGAAUAUUUUCUUUGUUUUUCCUCUAUGUGCAGGACUAGUUUUGUGUUUGAAUCCUGAUAAAAUGUGGUACCCAGUUGAGGUGAUGAGAAAGGAUAAAAUUAUUCAUAAGACAAAGCAAAGACUGCCAGAGUGCAGCAUUAAAUCUAAAAACACACACAACCAUAACACUGACUAACCAGGCUGUCCAUACAAAGUCUCUAGUUAUAACUAAGUUUUAAUGUAAUAUUUCAAAAUCUUUCAGUUUUGUGCGUCACAACUGUAUAUAAAAGUAAUUCAGACAUGUCUCAUUGUAAAGCUCCAGAGUCUGAGUCAGUAGUCCCUCAGAAGGAUCACAGCCUCAGCCUGGUAUACAGCUGUAUCAGCUUGACACUCGGAUUUUGAGAUUUUCACUCAGUCUUCAUUCCAGAUUUGCUCAGGCUUUGUAGAGUUAGAUGAAGAGCACUUGGGAAUUAUCAUUCGGCAUUCUUUUAAUGCGGGGUCACUGAAGCAGCUUGGAAGUCUUCUUGUGGUUUUUAUAUACAAACAUUGUCCUUUUCCGAGGUCAUUUGCUCUCUGAGGGAGAUACUCCUCAAAUCUGAGGCUGGAGUUUUAUUUGCUCUACGUAUUUAGUCAGUUGGUUCCAUGUGUUGAAGUUUCUGCUACUCAGAAGCAUUCUCACAGUAUGGAGCUGUCACCACCAGGUUUCACAGCAGCGUUUAUAUAGCGGAGAUUAGUUUUCACCAGACUUUGUCAUAUUAUGACAUUUGUUCCCCCAAAGAGUCGAACUUAUUCACAUCUCGCCACACAAGAACAUUAUUUCCCAGACGCCUUGAGUUUGAAAUAUUUACACAAGUGACAUAGUUUUACUUUCUAAACUUAACAAUAAUGGAAGAAAACAGCAUGCAACUCCAGUCAUCAUAUUUACAUGAAUUACCCCUUUACCUCUUGGCAUACAGAUAUGUUUGCUUUCAUCUACUCUUAUCCUCCAGGCUCAAUUUGUGGUUAGCUAAUGCCUUGGUUCGCCUUGCUAAUGUACAAAGGUAUUAAAAAGCUGUUAAUAGAGCAUCAAUUGAAUGCUUUGUCAGUCAUAAACCUUCAGUUUAUGUCACAUCAGCUUUCUGCAACAGGAUAUAGCUGUGUUUUCAACAUGAUUGGUUUGAAGGAAAAAACACAAAGCAGUAAAAUUAUUCUAUAAAAUUACAAAAAACAAAGAUGGAUGAACAUCAACUGUCUGUUCUCUGUGAAGGCGUGUGUAUGUGUGGUUAUAUUAUAGCAGUCUGGUGUCAGGUGAAAGUGAUUAAAUGCAGGUAAACGUGGAGGACAGUCAUGCGUGAUGGCGCUAUGCUCUGGCACGGCCCCUCUCAAAGCGGAAGGUGAAGAUUUAUGAACUUAUCUGUCAGGUGACUGCGAGGGUUUAAUGGACUGGAGGAGAAGCUUUUCAUACAGUAUAAAGCAGCUGUGGAGCACUGAUAUGGUCAAAAUCUAUCACAAUCUCUUGAUUCAAAGCACUUCUUCUGUAUUCAGAUAAGCAAUUUUCUGCAUCCGAUGGUGAGGACUUCUGAGCAAAUUGAUGAAAAACUUAAACCGCUAAUUUAUUCUGUUUUCAUUGCAUAUUUGCUGCAUUUAGCUGUGUAUUGUUUGCUUUUAUUGAUAAAAUGAUAAUAAUUCGACACGAUUCUUCAAAUUAAUACAGGCAUAAAACUUUUGUUUCAAUAUAACACAUACGACUCCUUUAAAAAAGCAAACCUCCCACUUAUUUGCACCUCUUUUUUGCACCAUGCACUCUCUGCUGAGCGAGAAACUACCCCACACAUGAAAAAAGGCAAAUUUUAAAGGAGUUAGCUGCCCUCUUUAUUGUUAAGACUGUAUCAACCACCCGCUUUUUCCUCUCAUUAGAUAUGUAAGAGUUGGCUUUAUAAUUGGACGACUGCCUGUGAUCCAGUCAGUUGCUGUUUUCUCUGACUUCCUAGAAUCUCACCAAAGCUGCAGGAUGUGUUUGGGUUCUAUAUUAUUCCUUGGAAGUCUCUACUGUGGUUUAACACUUUCCAAAUAAAUGGGAGCUCGGAGGUAGUUGUGGGAAUUGUGAUACUUUUUGGUGCGUCUACAAAAAACUCCAAGUUUAACUUAAACACUGCAGGUUACUUUAUCCUGAACUUAAUAUCAUUCCAAAAAAUGUGGAAACUGUCAGGUGCAUUGAUUCUUUUCUAAAGGAACUAUACAUGAUUGAUGAGAGUCUUUGAUAAUAUAUUCUCUCUCAAUUUGCUCCCUGUAGAAGUGCGCAAGGAGGGAUGAAGUAGACAGCAGAGAACUCGACCAGAGGAAGACCCUGCAGACUCACAGUGUGAUCAAAAGUCCAGACGAGAAUGAUGAGUUUGAGAAGCAGCGAACUGCAGCGAUUGCUGAAGUGGCCAAGACUAAAGAGGUAUGUAAAUCCUUAUCACGAGUUUGUUUCCUGAAUACAUCCUGGUUUUUAAUUAUAUUAUUGAGCGACUUCAACUGGAUGUUUAGCUUUCAAGGCAACUCUUGCUUUAUUAAUUACUUUUUAUGUCUCUUUCACUCAUUGCAAUCUUUGCUCAAACUGUUUCAUCUGGCUUGUAUGAAAAAAACACAUGCAUCUUAUUGACUUUCACAACCCUUAUCCCCUCUUAAUAUUCAAGUAACUCUUCAGGAAAACUUAUUUCAGCGUUGCCAAUCACAAAGUCCUGUUGUGUUUGAUUUGUUUUGUUCGACUGUGCAGUUCUAUUGAUCUUCAAGUUCUCUGCCUUGUUAGGGUCCCCGCACGUUCGGUGGUGGAGGAAAUGCCGGUAGUAAUUUAUCCAGUACUGCUUCUUCCUCCCGGAGCCGAGAUUCGUACCAGCAGAGGAGACGAGAAGACAGGGUGGAGAGAACAGACAGCAGACAAGAUGGAAACUAUCGAGAGCUGGUGAGAAGACAAACUAGGUCCAAACCAAGUUAGUUAUGACUUAAACCUGUCAUUACUAAAGCCUCCAUUCACUGUAACAAAGCAAUUUAAAGGUUGGAACUUGUUAUGUGCUCUUUCUUUGGGCUGGAUUAGAGUCUUAUUUCAUGGCUCAUAGACUUCACGGGGCAAUGAUUAUGAUAUUGGAGAAAUCUAAAUGAAUUGGAGGCUUGGUCAGGUUUUCCAAUCAAGUGGCAGUCCACUCGUCUAGCUUUUAUGUAGUGGCAUGCCAGUUUCUAGCAGAACUUGGCCAACUUUUAGCUGAGCACAUUAAUAGGAUAGAGAGGGACAUUGUGGUGUUGGCUUUGGAAUAUGUGAAUGGCGGUUUGAAACUUGAAUGCACGCUAAUCCAACUUAAGACGAAAGCCUGUUUUUCCCAUGUCUUGCCAUUUAAAACGGGACAUAAACCUCUUUCUCCCCAUUUUAUAUCAAAUACCGUAAAUUCCAGAGUAUGAGUAACACUCAAAUUCAGGGUUCUCAGUCCAACAGAGAUGGCUCACACAGCGACUGCUUUCCUUCAACAAAAAGGACACUGGGGUUUAGGUGAGCUUGCAUCUGUGACUAACUCAGUUCAUCCAGUCUAGUUGAGUGUUAAAAGUGAUUUAUUGUUUAAAAAAAGGAAAGAAAACACCCUGAUCCAGGUGCAAAACUUUUGCCUUCAAAUGAAAAAGUGAUAUGAUGAAAUAAGGUUAAAACAGGAUAAGUGAAACAUCAACAGAAAGUUAUCAGAGCUUACCAAAAACCCAUUGUCUGACUACACCGGUGAUAUUUUAAUAGCCCGCCAAACAUCCCAAAACCACACCCCUCAGUGUUGAUCCCCAGAAGUGACAUACCUAGUAGAAAUCAUGCUCAACAAAUACAUUGGGCUAGAUCACUAUGGUAACUUACGCUGAACCUGUCACAUUCUUACCUAUCCCCAUAUCUUUGGUGUACAAUUUGUCUUCCGUCUUUGUUUAUCCUCCUGUUUUUGUCGUCAUGUAGGUGGAUGAACGGGCUCUCAGAGACAUCAUGGAGAUGGGCUUUAACAGAGAGGCCGCCCGGCAGGCCCUCAUGGACAACAACAACAACCUUGAAGUGGCACUAAACAGCUUGUUGACUGGUUCCUCUGGUGGCAGACCUGGACCUGUUGUAGCUGAAUCCAACAAGCCUCCACCCAGAGGUUCAUACACACAAACACACACAAAGUUGCUGCCUGCUUUGACUUGAAAGACUGCCCCAAAGCCUUAGAACUUAUUCCUUUUCUAGAGAGUAAGAUUGAGAUCAGAGGAGUAAAAAUAGCCCACAGCCAAGUUAGGGUCCACAGUGGUGGUUUUGCUUGUUUUAUUCCAUUUGCUGCAAAUUGUGUACAGACUUUACUGCUGACUAGUUCUCCCAAGCACACCUUUAUUUUUUAGAUUGAUACUCCACCUGCAGCCAUCGUUUUGUGUUUAUUUUGGUACCGAAAAAUCCACGAGUAGAAACUUGACACUUGCUCCAUCAUCCUGAAAUACCUGCUGCCUUUUUUGUUUCCACAGCAGUGGCGGGGGCAAUUUUUGAGGCCUUUGUUUUUGCUGCAUACAUCAAUCAUCAGAGUUAGGUCUGGAAAAUUGACUUUUCCCAGUUCAUCCUUUUCAAGUGCUUUUUAAGAGGCUCGACUGCUCACUUAGAGUAAAAGUACAUUUUUUGAGUCAGAUGGGUUCAGGUUUAGAAAAAACACUCUUUUUUUGCACCUGUGCUCACAGAAAUGUCUUGUAUACUGUGAUUAAGUGUCAUUUAACAACUUGUCUUAAUUGGAUUAAUAUAACCUUUUUUUUUAUUCUUCUCAGCCAGAGGACGGGGAAGAGGCAGGUCAAGAAAUGAGGAUGAAGAAGAGGGAGCAGGGGGAAGGCCCUCUGGACCCAGCACUCUGUUUGACUUUCUGGAAUCUAAGAUGGGAGUUUUCUCAAUCGAUGGUGGGUGUAGUGGUCAAAACAUCAUUCCCAAAACAUGCUCUCACUUCUUGUUUGAUUUGUAUAAGAAAAAAUCUGGUUUCAGGACAGCUACAUGAUGGUAUUUUGGCUUUUUCAGCCCUUUGGUAAGAAAUGUGCCAGAUAAUAGCAGUAUUCUGACAUGGAUGGAGCCAUAAUUGGAAAAAGACAGAUGGCUUUCUGGCUAUCUUGUGCACAAGAGGAAUUAAGUUGUGUCCUUAAAAUGCCUGAAAAGAGUGCCAGUAUUCAGGACCAGUGCAGCACUGGGUUGUUGAUAAAUGAGUAAACUUUUUAUGUGCAGAAUAUUCCAGUAUUUCUCUCGGUUUGGCUUGGUGGUAUGCUUUGGAGGUUUCAUCAGUGAUGGAAGAAAAGCAUUCACUACUUGUAGCCCACAAUUGAUCUCAUGAUUGGUUCGCUGCCACCACACUGAUCUUGUCUGCUUUCUUGUCUCAGAGCCAAAGAGCCAGGCACCUCAAAGACAUAACGAGAGCAAAGCGAACUUCUCCAACCCGGACUUCUACUCCAAAGACACAUCUCAUAGCAAGUACCCAUCUCAUAAUGAGCAUAGGCAACAAAGGAACGACAGACCACCUCGAUUCCACAGGGACACUGAUUUCCCCAAACCUGGCCAGGAUCCUCUUUCCAACUCUACAACCUCCCAAACAUCAACUCAAGGCCAGCCUUGGAAGGGCCAGGAGCGAUGGUCCCGAGGUGCAUCGGAUAGAUCACAAACUGACAGGAAGGAGAUUCGUAAUGAGCAGAAUUUUCCCUCAUCCUUUCCAACUACUUUUACACGUUCGAAAGAACCUCAGCAGCAGGUGGAUUUAAGUGGGUCUUUCCACCAACGAUCCAGAAAUGGAGACGGUAGUGGUGCUGGAAGUGGUGGAAACAUGUCUGGACCUCCCCAGAGGAGAGGGGGGAAAGAUAACGCACCUACACCUAAAAUUAGUAACUCUGCGAGCAGUGAGCUGGAUGGAAGAGGAAAUAAUAAACGUACAGACAGAAUUGAAGAACCCAACAACGGCAGGAGGACGGGCAAAAGUGAGCGGCCAAACUCAGGCCACUUUGACAGACAGAGGGACGGUGGACCAGCAAACUUUAACUACAGGGGUGGGAGCUCAGGGACACCCAAAGACAUGGGGUCAUCACAAGAUUCCCGAAUCAUGACAGGGGCUCCCACUCAUUUCCAUAAUGGAGACAUGGAACACAAAAGAACUGGACCAAUCAAGCCAGCAAAUUCAUUUGGACCCCCGAAUAAAGAGCAGCCGCCCAAGAAAAACACGUCGAAUAACCCUGGACCUAAAAGAAGGUCUGGUCAGGGCAGAGGGCAAGGUCCUCGAGGACCAGAGAAAGGUCAUUUUGUGGAACGAGGCUGGAAGCCUGGAGACGAGUGCCUGGCACUAUAUUGGGAAGAUGGCAAGGUAUGAGAUCCCUGUAAUGAAAAGACUUGAAGUAGCUGCUAAUUGCUGGUUUCAGUUUCAUUUUUGUCAGUGAAAGCGCUGAAAUUAAACCAGUAACUCAUGGAGACUCAUAAUACAACAUGAAAACUUAAUCCACUUAAUGAAAGCUGAGACCGAAAGACUUUGCAUUUAAAGUAAACUGAAUCUGUUUAAUUCAUAAUCCUGACAGGCCUUCUGUGAUUCCAGUAAUGUCAGAUGUUUCCCUUUUUUCUUUAUAGAAGAACUUUUCUCAAUUCCCAUACUCAAUAAUAUCAAAGUAUGACGAGGGCACAUGUAACUAAAUACCCUGUCAGGGAAAUGCCAGAAUGUGUUAGAUUCGUUUAUCAUGUUAUAUUUAUGUCUUUAUAUGAAGUGUGAAAUUUCUGAUAUUCAGAUAAUUAUAUUUCCCUUUGUUUUUGUGUGUUUUCACCCGCAUGAAGUUCUACCAUGCCAGAAUAGAUGCUGUGCAUUCAUCAGGCUCCACUGCUGUGGUUGUAUUCAGCGAUUAUGGAAACUGUGAAGAAGUCCUGCUGCAUAACAUCAAACCUGUUCCGGCUGAUGUUAUGGUAAGAAGGAAGAAAACCCUUCAAUAUCAGUAAUAGUUGAUUUUUAGCAUCAUAAUGAGCCGUUGGUACUUAUCGGAAAUAAAACUGAAUCAACCGUCAUUCUGUGGGUCGAGGAAGCUUAUGAAUUAUGAAUGACUUCUAAUCUGAUUACCCACAGUAACUUCACAACCAUAUCAAAUGUACAAUGGCAGGAGGAAGAUGACGGUUACUACGACAGUUCAUUAGAGUUUCGUCGUGGGGGAGAUGGACAACCGAGACGCUCUAGACCCACACAGCAGUAUUACCAGCCACCCAGGGCACGGGAUUGAUGUGUCUGUGUUUACAGGUAAAAAAAGAUUUGAUUUUGUUAGGUUAUUCUGUUCAUAGAAAAGUUUUAUUGAUUACCUCUCUGUUCUUAUUAAAGUGGGAGUUUCUGGCAUCUAUAACUUUAAUAUUUUCCAAAAACUGUCUUUUUAUGGCAAAGUCAAUUUUACAUUUACAAAACUUGUCCAGCAUGGUUAAUCUUAUUUAAUUUUUCUGUUUUCUCCAUCUAUUAGUGUUCCGGUCCACCCCCUCCUUCCACGACAGAGAUCCCGUCACUCUCUGCAACAAUCCAGAGUGCUUCCCGAACCUUUAGGUGUCCACUUUGUCAGGACUAUCAGAAGUUUUCAAAGGGCUUGGACAUCAUGCAAAACUGAAACAAAAAAAAAAACUGACAUGAGCACCUGUGGAUUUUACUAAGAACAUAUCUGCUGUAUAUGUUGUGAAGAUUUGUUAAAUGGAUGCAUAAAAAUAAACAAUUAUAGUAUGUAGCCGACUUGUUGUUUUUAGAGUGUUUUUAUUUUGAAUGAUUGAAUCAAAAUGAAGAAUAAACCAAUCAUGAGCAGUUAAUGAAACUUUCUUUCUGCUUUCGAGUUCAAGGCAGUAAUUUCAUACUUGUCACAUUUCCUUUCUCCAUUCACUCUGGGUAUGUAAAGUCAACGGCGGCGUUAUAAGAUCUGCCCUGCCUUAUUUGCUAAUUCAUGUCUUGUAGCAUACCUCCAUCAUUCUCCUCUUGUAGAUAGGCACAGGCACUAGAGUCCACAGCAAGUAGCUUAAGCUCAUUUGUCGUGUUCUGCGAAGCAAAUCCAGAGGGUAAGACAAUCUCUUCACCCUGUAAUAGAGACGCUUACAUUGCAGAGAUAUCAUUUUGCACAUUACAAAAGAGACUGUACCCAGCUCUUCAAGCAUUGCACACACACCGCUGAGCUGGCGGUUCAUGGACUACUGCUGUGCAAGAGACAAGUUUUACACAUCAAGAAAUAAUGUCCACUUUGGCUCCAAUUUCACUCCUACCAGCAGCAGGAGACAAAUGGACAAUGCCCCUGAGUUCACUUGAGAGGUCACAGUGCUAUUCUGUAUCAUUGGCGCAAAGGAUUUGCUUUAUUUUCCAACUUAGGCGCCAGUGAGCAGAAAUGAAUAAUUAACAGCCAGUAAUAUGGAAACCUAUCUGCCAGAGAGGAACUGAAAGUGAGGCUCUUCAAAGUGCUCUCUGUGCUGACCAUGACACAUUGGCAAGAUAAUCAUGAAGGAUUGAUUUUCAAUCAGAUAAACUGUGAUAUUCUGGAGGAGCUAUCAAGGAAAUUUCAUACAGAAUAUAUAUUUUCAAAGCGUCAGGCAUGGGAAAGAUUUGACACAGGGCCCUGUUGUCCCUUAUGUAGUUGUCAAUUACAAAAUUGUUGGUUUGUGAUGAAUAGAGAAAAAAGCUGUUAGGUUGUUGUAUGAGAAAGAAAUGCAUUAAGUCAGGUAACCGUGUUAGUUGGACUCAUCUGUGGGGUUCUGGACAGAUAAGCCUUUCUAGACAUGUUUUAAAGCUGCUGAUGAAGCGAUUAAUAAAGCCACAUUUAAUCAUUGUUACUGUAAUGUUAGAAUGACACAUUGUUUGAUUCUCUUAGGCUGUAGAAAGUAGGUGGACAGAGAGGGUUAUAUCUUGUUUUCCUAGUUGAUUAAACCUUUUAUUGAUGACAAGGGUGAGUAUAAACCCAUCCGAACUUCAUUUAUAUCUCUAGACCAUCUGUUGGUAGACAAUUCAUUCAUCUAGUUGCUGUGUCUACAAAACAAUCUCAUAGCCUGAUUGGAUUUUACAUGAAAAUAUUAACUGUGGAAAUGAAAUGUGCUGGGUUAUUUUGCAACAUUUGACAUGGCGGUGUUCAGUUUUGCAGGGAUUAUGGGAGGAAGUACAAGUGUACAAAAACACAACCGCAAAUACCCUCAGGUCAUGACUCACUUAUGAGAUAAUGAGUCUAAGAUGAUUUGAAGCUUUAGGCCUACGUUUUCUGCCUUGUUCAUUUUUGUCCCACAGCCAACUGGCUGACAUGCAGAGACAGGCUUAUCUGUACAAUAAAUCAAUAGUUCCUGUGGAUGAUGUAAUAAUAUUAAUGUCAUUUUUUAGUGCUGGAAGGAGGAUCAUCAAGACGCUCACAAUAACAUUUCUACAGCUCUAACGCUGGGUGGAUAAUCAGAGGGCCAUCUUAAUGUGUUGUUUUAGCAUUAAACAGUUUUUUCCUAGAAGGGAGAAAAGCCAAGGUCGAAAAAACACCGGUUUUGAGGGUUGGUUGUCAACAUUCAAAGAAAAAGUGUUGAUAGCAUGACACUUGAAAGUCAAGAGAUCACCCCUGUGAUCUUAAAAUGUUUAAAAGUGAUAGUGAAUCCAAAUUUCAUGGAAAAGUAUUCAAAGGUUUUUGAAGUUUUGGACUUUAAACAACAAUCUUCAAUGUAAAAAUGGAGCGACACCAAAGUGGGUGAAUUUUGCCUCUGGUUAACAAAACUUUAGCUACACCUCUGCUAAUCCAGACAAUAGCCAAAAAGCACCAGCAGAGCAGUGUUUCUAAAGCAAAGAUGCAGGUUUAUUUAGAAUAGGAUGUGACUAAUGCAUUGGAAAUAAGCUGGCCCCUCUCUGCAUCACCUUUUCCAGGCCUCUUUAAACCUGCAACUUGAUAACCUUUAGCCACAGGAGGAAUGCUUUUAUCUACUCGAGGGGGAACAACCUCCUUUCCCACAUUAACAUCCCUUUUGCUCUGCCCCUUCGUUUCCCACCUGCUUUCCUCUCCCUGUAUCCCCAUUCACAGCUGUUUGCCAUUAUCUUGCGAAAGUACCUGACCCCUCAACCUCCAUCUUUCCACCAUGGUACCUUUGUGGCAGCGACAUCUGAACCCUGUGAUCCUGUUAAAUGUGUCCUUUCUUAUAUAAUUUCUACAUCAGCCUCGACAGCCAAAUCCUUUCUCUGCCUCUCACAGUUGAGGAAAGAGGAGACCUAAAAGGCCGUAUAGUGGGAAUGACUUUCCUUGCAAGUGUAUUUAGUGCCCAGUUAAACGGAAAGAAGGGAUAUCCCAGAAAAAAAAGAAGGGGCUCUUUUCAGUAAUUAAAGCAAGUUAAUCAUAAGGCUUAAUAUACGGCUCAAUAUGUAGUAACACACACUAUGAGUCGCUGCUUUUCAUUUCUAUUCUGACCCUGAGUGAGUGGUGAAACACGAUGACUCUCUCUUGAUUCCUGCCUUAUAAAAAGAGGGGGAAGGAAGGAAAUGACAGCUUAAUAUCUCUUAAAAAGAUUAAAUAACCCAGAAAACUGUAAACACAGGAUAUUAAACAAGUUUCAAUCACUUGAUGUUGUGUUUGCGUGGUGAUGUCAUUCCUCUUUUUCAAAGUUGUUGGAGGCUUAGGGUCGAUGUUUGCAUGUGGAUCAAAGAAUUUAAAGUCUAACCACCAUCUGGUGGAUGGCUUCACCACUAACAUGCAAAACUAGUGUUGUCGUGUGCACGCUUUGUCAGGAUCUCUAAACAAAUGUAAUUUGUAAUGCAAAGCCUGACACUCACUCAUAUGGUUGAAAUCAUAACAGCCGUUGUGUUGGAAUAGACACUUCAACGUUUUUGCAUACAAUCCACCGCACUUUUGCCUGACACAGAGCAGGAUAGUAGACUGAAUCUAAAUUUUGUUCCAGGUGUGAUUGUCUUUGUGCUCGAUGGAAAACUGAAUUUAUAGUUUCUAUUUCCAAUGACACAUGGCUGUUGCGAACUCUCAGACUUCUAGGUUAUAAGCUUGAACUGCUGCUGAGAGGCUCAACACUUAAUGAGCAAGAUAGGUGCUGCUUGUCAGUGGUAAUGGCUGUUUUUACCGUGCAGCAGACCGUGGUCCGCGUGGGUCAUUCCUCAAACAUCCUGCCAACAUUUGUUGCCAAGCACCCCUUGUGUUACUCAUAACACAUGACAAAAUAAUGGUCAAAUGGGGCCAGUUAGCUUGACCAAAGACAGUAUGGACUGAGGGUGAAUGAUGAAUCAGCAGCUGGGAAUUGAUCUUUACCAUUACCACAUAUAGGUUUACACAGCAGAGCAGAAGUAGAGUAAAGCACCUCUCAGUCACUUUUAUGGACCCUGUCCGGUUGCACUUAAUGGCUACACGCCACAUGAGAAAGAGGAACUGUUGAGCUUAGCUACUGUGCUGCCUUUUUAUUUUUAUUUUUUAGCUUUGCAAUUGCUGCUGCAAGCUAACCUAAAAAGUGUCAAGUUCACAAUGCCAUCUGUAUGUCCCUGAAGCUAAGUAUCUUAAAAACAAACCUCCCCCCUCUGUAGCAUCCA